AUGGCUAAGUGGGUUCCUCUGGGCAUGUAUCCUGCAGCAGCAGAGAUGCCUCAGGACAGAAGCGAGAGAGGUAUGGUGCAGCUGAGGUUACGCUGUGUGCAGAUGAUCACCACAGAAACAGCUGGAGUUAAAAGUCACUCUGGGCGCAUCUGGAACAUGAGCGGCCGGGCCCGAGCGAGGGCGCGAGGCAUGGCCCUCAGCCCCAGCGCCGCGGAGGUGGGGCGCAUCCAGGCCUCGCCGUUGCCUCUGUCUGUUGCUCUUAGUGACAGUGAAGCAUCUUCUAGCAGUGACCACGUGGGAACCAGCAGGAUUUCACAGAAAUGUGAAGGUGGUCUAUCUUCUGGUGAUGCUGGAUGUACCUUCAAGGAAAGAGUUGGGAAAAUCAGACGAGAGAUGAUGGAUUUGAGUGUCUGUACCAGAGAGAAAUUGGCCCAUGUGAGAGACUGCAAAAGAGGUUCCAGUGGAAUACCUGUGAAACUGGUCACAAAUCUUUUUAAUUUAGACUUGCCCCAGGACUGGCAGCUCUACCAGUAUCAUGUGACAUACAGUCCAGAUAUAGAAUCUAGAAGGCUGAGAAUUGCUCUGCUUUAUAGUCACACGGAACUUUCCAACAAAGCAAAAGCAUUUGAUGGUGUCAUCCUUUUUCUCUCCCAAAAGCUAGAAGAAAAGGUCAUGGAAUUGUCAAGUGAAACUCGAAGAGGCGAGACUGUAAAGAUGACUAUCACUCUGACGAGGGAGCUGCCGGCAAGUUCUCCCGUGUGCAUGCAGGUCUUCAGUAUCAUCUUCAAGAAGAUCUUAAAAAAGUUGUCCAUGUACCAGAUUGGACGGAACUUCUAUAAGCCUUCGGAGCCAGUGGAAAUUCCCCAGCACAAAUUGUCCCUUUGGCCUGGGUUUGCCGUUUCUGUGUCACAUUUCGAAAGCAAGCUCCUGUUUUGUGCUGACGUGAGUUAUAAGAUACUCAGGAAUGAGACUGUUCUAGAAUUCAUGACGGAUCUCUGCCACAAAACUGGCAUGUCCUGCUUUACCCAGACGUGUGAGAAACAGCUGAUUGGGCUCAUUGUCAUUACAAGAUACAAUAACAAAACCUAUCGCAUCGAUGACGUUGACUGGUCAGUGAAGCCCACGCACACCUUCCAGAAGCGGGAUGGCACCGAGAUCACCUAUGUGGAUUACUACAAGCAGCAAUAUGAUAUUACCUUAUCUGACCUAAACCAGCCAGUGCUCGUUAGUCUGUUGAAAAGCAAGAGAAAUGAUGACGCUGAGGUCCGGAUGGCCCACCUGAUCCCCGAGCUCUGCUUUCUAACAGGGCUGCCCGGUGAGGCAACAUCUGAUUUCCGGCUGAUGAAGGCUGUGGCUGAAGAAACGCGCCUCAGUCCUUUGGGAAGGCAGCAGCGCCUGGCCAGGCUCGCAGAUGAUAUCCAGAGAAACAAGGAUGCUCGUUUUGAGCUGGAGACCUGGGGCCUGCAUUUUGGAUGCCAGAUGUCUCUGACUGGCCGGGUUGUGCCUUCAGAAAAUAUAAUAAUACAAGACCACACAUGUCAACCUGUGUCUGCAGCUGACUGGUCCAAGGAUAUGCGAACUUGCAAGAUUUUAAGUGCGCAGUCUUUGAAUAAAUGGUUGGUUAUGUGUAGCAACAGAGCUGAACGUGUGACGGAGAGCUUUUUGAACUGCUUGAGAAGAGUUGGAAGGCCCAUAGGAUUUAAUGUGAACCACCCCAAAAUCAUAAAAGUACAAGAAAAUCCAGCUGCAUUUCUUCACGCUAUACAGAAAUAUGUUGAUCCUGAGGUUCAGUUGGUAAUGUGUAUUCUGCCUUCUAAUCAGAAUAGCUAUUAUGAUUCCAUUAAAAAAUAUUUGAGCUCCGACUGCCCAGUCCCCAGCCAGUGUGUGCUUGCUCAGACGUUGAAUAAACAGGGAAUGUUGAUGAGCAUCGCCACCAAGAUUGCCUUGCAGAUGACCUGUAAACUCGGAGGCGAGCUGUGGGCUGUGGAGAUCCCUUUAAAGUCCCUGAUGGUGGUUGGUAUUGAUGUCUGUAAAGAUGCAUUCAACCAGGGAAUGGUGGUGGUUGGAUUUGUGGCCAGUAUUAACCCCAGAAUCACCAGAUGGUUCUCCCGCUGUAUGCUUCAGAGGACAACGGCUGAUGUUGCAGAUUGCUUAAAAGUUUUCAUGACUGGGGCACUGAACAGAUGGUACAAGCAUAACCAGGGUUUGCCAGGACGGAUAAUUGUGUACCGUGACGGUGUAGGGGAUGGUCAGCUAAGAACACUCAUUGAAUAUGAAGUUCCACAGCUACUGAGCAGUGUGACAGAAGCAAGUUCAAAUACCAGCCCCAAACUGUCAGUGAUCGUGGUCAGGAAGAAGUGCAUGCCACGAUUCUUGAUGGAAACAGGCCGAACUCUGCAGAACCCACCUCUUGGCACCAUCGUGGAUUCAGGAGCAACACGGCCUGAAUGGCAAGUCUGUUAGAAAAUCCGUUUUUAACAAAGCUUGACUGUGUGUGGUCAGGUUCAGUCCUGUUCUGCGAGCUUUCUUUCUCACAGUCCUUCUUUUCCCCUCAGGUAUGACUUUUACUUGAUCAGCCGGGUUGCCUGUCGGGGAACCCUUAAUCCCACCUACUAUAAUGUCAUUUAUGAUGACAACGGCCUGAAGCCUGACCACAUGCAGAGACUCACAUUCAAACUGUGCCACCUCUACUACAACUGGCCAGGCCUAAUCAGUGUUCCAGCCCCGUGUCAGUAUGCACACAAGCUGACCUUUCUGGUGGCACAAAGCACUCAUAAAGAACCAAGUUUGGAAUUAGCCAAUUCUCUCUUCUACCUGUGAUGACAUGAACCACGGGCA